GAGGGCCACGUGUUAAUGCUCUCCCUUUUAGAAACACCUGGAAGGGGCCUAGCAAGAGUCCUUUGCUUCGGCUCCAGCUCCCCAUGCAUGCUGCAGAGUUACUUUGCAGCCUGCGAGGAUGAGACCCCAGCAAUUAGGAACCACGACAAAGUCCUGCAACGACUCUGCGAGCACCUGGACCAUGCUCUGCUUUAUGGGCUGCAAGAUCUCUCUUCGGGCUACUGGGUGCUGGUCGUUCACUUCACCCGUAGGGAAGCCAUCAAGCAGAUAGAGGUACUUCAGCAUGUGGCCACCAACCUAGGGCGCAGUCGAGCCUGGCUGUACCUGGCCCUCAACGAGAACUCCUUGGAGAGCUACUUGAGGCUGUUUCAGGAGAAUCUGAGCUUGCUCCACAAAUACUAUGUCAAGAAUGCCUUGGUCUGCAGUCAUGAUCACCUGACCUUGUUCCUUACGCUGGUAUCUGGGCUGGAAUUCAUCCGCUUUGACUUGGAUCUGGAUGCUCCUUACUUGGACCUAGCACCCUAUAUGCCAGAUUACUACAAGCCUCAGUACUUGCUGGACUUUGAGGAUCGCCUACCCAGCUCCGUCCACGGCUCAGACAGCCUCUCCCUCAACUCCUUCAAUUCAGUCACCUCGACCAAUCUGGAAUGGGAUGACAGUGCCAUUGCUCCAUCGAGUGAGGGAACUUCCAACUACUCUGGGAAUGUAGGUGGAGUUUGGGAUUUUAGGUGGAGCUUGAGCAGAGGACAAGUUGCCCCCCUUAAUCAGACCCUUGGCUUUGCAAACACUAAUGAAUCAAACAUCACAAUACCUCGGGGAGAUUAUGAUUUUGGAGAUGUCUUUCCAGCAGUGCCGUCCAUGCCCAGCAAAGUCUGGGAAGACGGAGACCUCACGGAUACUCUCAGCUGCCCGCGCUCCGUGGCCUCUGACACGAACGGCAGCAAGGUUUCCAUGAAGAGCCCGACGCAGCGCUACAACCCCUUCAACGAGGAGAAGGCCGAAGUGGUGUCCUCCAGCGAGACCACCCCAGUGCAUGCCGCCUCCCAGGAGAGGGUGGACGCAGCCACAGAAGGCACGGACCAGUCGGAGAGCUGCACAGAGCUGGAAGUCAUCAGAUUAGCUAAAAAGAAGAAGACGGGCAAGAAAAAGAAAGUGAAAUCAGAGGAAGCGGUGAAUCCUUCCCCCUCUGCUUCUGCUGAGUCCAGUGGGGACAGUGGCGUGAACGGACUGAGUGACGGUGCUGAGCUGCAGAAAGGCAGCAGCCCUCCCUGUCCAGAGGCCGUCGAGGGCCAGGAGAGGCCGGAAGAAAGCGGCGAGCACUCGGCCCUCAGCCAGCUGGGCCUGCGGAUCCCGGAGAUGAAAGACACCUCCAUGGAGAGCGUGGGGCAGCCGCUGAGCAAGGUGAUCGACAAACUGCACGGGCAGCUGGACCCCAGCAGCUGGACCGCCAGCGUUGAGCCCCCCGAUCAGUCCUUUCGGACCGGCACGCCAGGGGAGACCCCGGAUGAGCCGUCCUCUGGCGACUUUAGUGAGGGGAUUUCAACCCCCAUGGACUUCUACCGCUUUACCGUCGAGAGUCCAAACGCUCCUGCACCAGGUGGUGGCAACCAUGACCCUGCAGGGGAUGGCCAACCGUCGCAUGUUCCUGGUAGCCCUGAAGCUGCUGGACAAGAGGAAAAAGGAGGAGAGGGAGAAGUGGCUGGGGCCAUAGAGGACUCCCAAGAGGGGGUGGCUAAACCCCAAGCCCGGGAGGCUGAAACUGCCAGUGCCGAGGCACCCAGCAAGCCCAAGAGAGACCAGCCCAGUCCCUCCCUGAGCAGCGCUGAGGACUCUGGGGUGGAGGAGGGCCAGGGCAGCCCCUCAGACACGGCCCAUCCGUCGGAGUUCAGGGUGGAUAACAACCAUCUGUUGCUGCUGAUGAUCCAUGUCUUUCGGGAAAACGAGGAGCAGCUGUUCAGGAUGAUCCGAAUGAGCACGGGGCACAUGGAGGGGAAUCUCCAGCUCGUCUAUGUCCUGCUGACGGACUGUUACAUUUACCUGAUCCGGAAAGUUCCUCACACUCCCCUGUGUCCUGUGCCAGGAGCCGCGGAAAAGCCUUACCUGGUGGAAGAGGCCGUUUCCUACAAUGAGCUUGACUACGUCUCGGUCGGCCUGGAUCAACAGACGGUAACGCUGGUCUGUACCAAUCGGAGGAAGCAGUUCCUGCUGGACACCGCCGACGUGGCCCUAACAGAAUUCUUCUUGGUCUCUUUGAAGUCAGCCAUGAUCAAAGGCUGCCGGGAGCCACCGUAUCCCAGCAUCCUCACUGAUGCCACAAUGGAGAAGCUGGCGCUGGCUAAGUUUGUGGCCCAAGAGUCCAAGUGCGAGGCUUCUGAAGUGGUCGUGCGCUUCUAUGGCCUUGUACACUGGGAGGACCCCAUGGACGAAGCUCUGGGACCAGCUCCUAGCAAUUACACUUCUGCUGAGAACUCGGUCACAAAGGAGGGCAUCCUGCAUUACAAAGCCGGGACCUCGUACCUGGGCAAGGAGCAGUGGAAGACCUGCUUUGUGGUGCUCAGCAGCAAUGGCAUCUUGUACCAGUACCCAGACCGCACCGAAGUUACGCCUCUGCUCUCUGUGACCAUGGGGGGGGAGCAGUGUGGUGGGUGCCGACGGUCGAACACCACGGAGCGACCCCACUCCUUCCAGGUGAUCCUGACCGACCGCCCGUCCCUGGAGCUGAGUGCCGAGAACGAGGAGGAGAUGGCAGACUGGAUGCAGUACUUCUGCCAGGCUGUCUCCAAAGGGGUUAUCCCGCAGGGGGUGGUGCCCGCGCCCUGCAUCCCUUGCUGCCUCGUGAUAGCGGAUGAGAAGGUCUUCACCUGCCACGAAGACUGCCAGACGAGCUUCUUCCGCUCGCUCGGCACCGUGGAGCUGACGGACGUCGCUGCCAUCUCCACGGAGGCGGGCAAGGAGUACUGUAUUAUAGAGUUUGCUAAGGACCGCGAGCAGUUCCUGCCCCCCUGGGUCCUGUACUUCAGUUGCACUACAGAGCUGGAGAGGUUCCUCUCGGCACUGAGCACCGUUUGGAAAAGCAUCUACCAGAUCGAUUUGCUGCACAAGGCCAUCCAGGAGGCCUCUGUCAAGAAGAAAUGUGAGGACGCCCUGAGCCUGAUCCACAGCGCCUGGCAGCGCAGCGACAGCCUGUGCCGCGGGCGGGCCUCGCGGGACCCCUGGUGUUAACCCGGCGUGGCGGGACACGCAGGAGGGAGGACGCUGCCGCGGGGGAGAGAGCACCCCAGGCUGUCGCAAGCACAUGCAACCUGCCGGCCGCUCUGUCACCUGGGAGCAGCGGGCUGGGCUGCCCCCACCGGACUCCACGCGCCCAGACCCCUGAGCCUCUGCAGCCAGCAGCCUCCCCGGGACACCCGGUGCCCAGGGACCUGCAGGCUCGAGGCAGCUGCUUCAGAGGCGGCCGGAUGGCAUUUCUGGCUCCUGCUCUCAACACGUGCACCGCAGAGGAAAGCCAGAGAGCUGGGCAGGCACGCCUCCCAGAGCAACCGAGUUUACAUUCUUCUGAGCACGGCUGCGGGGCACUCGGCACGUCGCUGUCCGUCGGCGCAGUCCGGUACUCGGCCUCUGCGAUCGCAGCAUGGGAGCUUGCACUCGCUGUCCAACCGAAGCCUUCGGACUGCACCACGGUACCUCGCUUCUCCGCUGCAUCGCAGGGAUCUGCCGGCACCGCGCCCCGACGCUGGGGUGCUUCGUCUACACCGCCCACGACCCGUGGCAGCUGCAGGGAGAUCUUUCCUCACGGGGUCUCGUGGCCGGGUCUGUGCUAUCCUCCAUCACCCAGCCAAGUUACUCUUACUGGAAUAAUAACCUACUAUUAACACGGGUGGACGGGGCGGGAGGGGGUGGGUCUGAGCAGCGGGUUGCUCAGGACGGGCAGAUGCACCCUUGGGCCGUGGGCCCAAGUGCCUGGACUGACUAGUUGUUCAUUUUAGAACACGUUAGGCUGUAACUGGUGAGACUGGAACACUAACUAGCUCCCGUGCAUGUUUGCUCCUCGCUAAUACAAUCGCAGAAUUACGCGCCGCUUCACCCCCACGGGGGUGUCUGCGGCAGGCAGCUCCCACGCGCGCACGCGGCUCCCUGCCCACCCUCCAGCGCCUGCCGCCACUUGCUGGGCGCUCUGCCUGCAACUGCUCUUCCUCUCGCUCUUUGCUCUUCAUAGAUCUCUGCCCAGGGCACGCACCUCUGACUGCAUCGCAGCCUUAAAACGCCACAGGGUGGAAGGCAGAGGCUCUUCCUCAGCCAGUCUCGCUGCUUUGGCUUUUUGGUUGUGGCCGGGGGUCUAAACUGGUGCCAAAAAAGCAAAGGUUGGGAGAAGUUGGACCAUAAUGUCCUGGUGGAUGUAACCUGGAACCGUGAGCAGCAUCAGAUGCGGUCCGUCCGCAUGCUCUGACUUGCCAAACACCUGGUGCUGGAGUUGUCAGGAGAGCUCACAAACAGGGACGGAUGAAACACGGGGGCAAAUCCAGGCACCCCGAAGGGUGGGAGGUAGGCAAGUGGGGGCUGAGGUUUUCCAAGCGUGUUGUGGGGGUUUAGACACUGCCUUCCAUUACUGGGAAUGGCAAGUGUGUCUAAAUCCCCUGGAUUGCUUUGCAGGUCUCAGCCAGAGAGAGGUGGCUAAAGGACUGGGGAAGCUGGGGGUGGGGGUGGCUUUACCUAUUAACCCUUUGUGUGUGCAGAAGGAAGUCCAUAGGAACUGGGGCCAUGUCACGUACCCUCUGCAGAGAGUGUUCUGGGGUUUUGCUUGAGGUUUUUUGUUUCUUUUUUUUAAAGAAAAAAUAAUAAUUUAGAGAUCUUCUAAUGUAAUAUAUGUUCACGGGGCCUUUUUCCAGGAGGUGACCUAUGUGACUGAAUGUAUGUGUAUAUACAUCCCCCCAAAUAAACACCCAUUGGUAACUCGGAGUCUGCCCGUGUCACUCCUGGCCCC